AUGAGUGUCUUUAGAACAUACGCCCUCCCAAGUGCUGGGGAAUUCUGUGAAGAACAAAUCACCCACAAGAUAUUUCUCUCAUGGAAAGUGAUAGAUAGGGUUUAUUGCAUACUUAAGCAGACAUAUCCCAGAAUUGUCUUUUUAAAACAAGUAAGUGGCAGUCCUUUCCAGGUGGUGUGGGACGGAGCGGCCACCAGGCUGCAAAGUAACAGACCUAAGUUUUAUUGUGACCGCUGCAACACAUACCUCACCCACAAAUCUCCCUCUGAGAAAAAGACGCACCGCAGCAGUAGGAAACACAAAGAGAAUGUGAGAGACUACCAUCAGGAAUGGAUAGAAGAGCAGGUUCAGAAUCUGACCGAGAAAACAAAUGUAUUUCAACAAGAGAGGAUAGCUCCUACUCCAUUCUCUGUUCCUCCUCCUGCAGGGGCAAUGAUCCCACAGUCUCCUGGGCCCUCCUCACCCCAUGGGGGCCCUUCCAUGAUGCCAAUGAUGGGCCCUCUUCCUCCUGGGACAAUGCCAGCGGGACCUCCUGGAAUGAGGUGGCGCACCAGAGGCCACAUGCCAGUGUCACCUGGGCCCCCAUUGAUGACUUCCCACCGUCCCAUCAUGGUGCCCACUCAGCCAGGAAUGACUCAACCAGACAGGUAA